GAAAGGAUUAACACAGAUACGAAAAAUACUUUUCAGCGUAAACCACUGCUGUUUAUGAAGCUAAUUAUGAGUUAAUAGAGAUCUCCGCAAUACGAUGUUACCAGUGUGAUAGUAAUGAAGAUCAUUCAUGUCCAGCUAGAAGAUAUUUUGACACGAGAUUGAAUGCAAUGAUCGACUGUAUUAGUUUCUUAUCUCAUUCACCUGGAACAUUCUGUGUUAAAACAUAUCAAGAAAGUACUGGUUGGAAUUCAUGGAUAAAGAUAACACGAAGUUGUGGUGCAAGAACUGAUUAUGGAUUAGCAUGGAGUUGUCGUUAUUGGUUUGAAGAACAAGGUAUCUAUAAAGAAGUUUGCUAUUGUCAAGAUAGAGAUGGUUGUAAUUCAGCAAUAAGACAAAUGAAUUCCUCUUAUAAAUUAACUUUAGUCUUUAUACAAUUAUUAACUUUUACCUUCAUUUAUAUUAGAAAAUAUUAAUGAUAAUAAUUCUUUUUCCUAAGUGUACAAUCUCACAUUAAUUUAGGCGCGAAAUACUAAUGUGCGCGAAAUUUGUUUUACG